AUGGCCCAGAGUACUGCGGGGGAUUUCAAAGCGCAACGCAACUCUGCAUCAUCACACUCUAUGUCUGUCUAUCGUACCGUAAAUAACUAUCCAUGUAUUAAAUAG